AUGGAAAGAAAGAAGAGCCUCCGUGAAACUGCUCAGGUUGCUGCUCAGCAAGGUUCUUAUCUUGCACAAUGCUUCAACAAGAUGGAGCAUUGUAAAGAGCAUCCUGAAGGUACAAGCACUUUGGACCAAGCAGCUGCUGAACUACCAGGAGACUGGGUUUCAGCUGGAAGAAGCACCCAGUGGCUCUGGUACUCUGUUUAUGCCAGCAAGCAAGUUAGCUGGCGAACGAGCCUCACAGAACUUUACCGGAAAGACAAAUAAGUACCAGUAUCCUUCAUACGUUUCUCUCUGAGCAAGCACUCUUCAAACAAAGCAGCCAAUGUGAAGACGAUCUGUGCAGAAAGACGCAAGAAUUCUGCAUCUGGUGGUCCUUCAAAGGGAGGUGGUAUCCCUAAAGGAUUAAAACUAUUCAACCAGAGCUCGCUCAACACUUGGAGUAAUCUGUAUGGAAACGGUGCUCUUGCUUUGAUUGGCAUUACGCUCCUGUGUCAUGGCAUGAUAGCUCUAGCUACAAUCUACUCUCUGCAGAGUUUGCACCAGCCUGCAUCCAUGACAGGUUAUGCAGCUCAAGGUUGCUACGACAGAGUGUACCCAAACAGAGGUAAGAAAACAUGGAAUGUUGGAAAGAUGAAGUUCUAG